AUGAACCCCAGCGCCCCCAGAUAUCCCAGGGCCUCUCUCUACAUGGGGGACCUACAUCCGGACGUGACCGAGGUGAUGCUCUAUGAGAAGUUCAGCCGUGCUGGACUCAUCCUCUCCAUCAGGGUCUGUAGGGACAUUGUCACCCGCCGCUCCUUGGGCUACGCCUAUGUGAACUUUCAGCAGCAAGCGGAUGCUGAGCGUGCUUUGACCACCAUGAAUUUUGAUGUUAUCAAGGGCAAGCCAGUCCGCAUCAUGUGGUCUCAGCGUGAUCCAGCGCUCCGUAAAAGUGGAGUGGGCAACAUUUUCAUAAAAAAUUUGGACAAAUCCAUUGAUAAUAAGGCACUGUAUGACACAUUUUCAGCAUUUGGUAAUAUUCUCUAUGUGUUUGGCAAGUUUGGACCUGUUUUAAGUGUGAAAGUAAUGACUGAUGAAAGCGGGAAGUCUAAAGGUUUUGGAUUUGUGAACUUUGAGAAGCAUGAAGACGCACAGAAGGCCAUUGAUGAGAUGAAUGGAAAGGAACUCAAUGGGAAAAAAAUUUAUGUUAGUCGAGCUAAGAGAAAAGUGGAACGACAGAUGGAACUUAAGCGCAAAUAUGAGAAGAUGAAGCAAGAUAGGUUCCUCAAAAACCAACAAGUUAACUUAUAUGUGAAAAAUCUUGAUGGCAGUAUUGAUGACAAACGUCUCCGCAAAGUGUUUUCUCCAUAUGGUACAAUCACUAGUGCCAAGGUUAUGAUGGAGGGCAGUCGCAGCAAAGGAUUCGGUUUUGUAUGUUUCUCUUCCCCAGAAGAAGCCACUAAAGCAGUUAUAGAAAUGAAUGGUAGAACUGUGGCCACAAAGCCAUUGUAUGUAGCGUUAGCUCAAAGCAAAGAAGAUCGCCAAGCUCACCUUACUAACCAGUACAUGCAGAGAAUGGCACGCAUCCGAGGUGGACGCAACCCAGUGAUCAACCGCUACAAGCGAGCAUCUUUCUUCAUGGCAGCUUUCCCAAGGACUCAGAACCGUGCUGCAUACUAUUCUUCUACCCAAAUUCCUCGAUUAAGACCGAGUCCUCGCUGGACUGCUCAGGGUGCCAGACCUCAUCCAUUGCAAAAUAAGAACAGUGCUACCCACCCACCUGCUUCUAGACCACCAUUUAGUGCGGUGAGACCAGCUUCACUAGUUACUCGAUGUGUUGCCGACACAUCAACACCGACUUUUAGUUCCCAUUCUGCGGUUGUUGCUGCUGCAGCCCCUACUGCUGCUAUCUGCACCAUGCCCCAAGGUGAAUGUGCUGUGGGAGUUGACAAUCCUCAAAAACAUCUUAAUGCACAACCACAAGUUACCAAGCAGCAGCCUGCUAUUGAUGUACAAGAUCAAGAGCCUUUGACUGCUUCCAAGUUGGCAUCUGCCUCACGUGAAGAGCAAAAACAUAUGUUGGGUGAAAGGCUCUUUCCCCUUAUUCAAGCCAUACACCCUGCAUUGGCUGGUAAAGUCACUGGCAUGUUGCUGGAGAUGGAUAAUUCAGAACUUCUUCAUAUGCUUCAGUCUCCAGUGUCUCUUCAUUCUACGGUUGAUGAAGCUGUAGCUGUACUACAAGCUCACAAAGCUAAAGAGGCUGUCCAGACAGCAGGUAACAGUGCCACUGGUGUUCAAACUGCUUAA